AUGUGUAUGGAUGUUAAUGCCAAUGAUUCUUACAAUCCACCUCAGAAAGUCCUAAAAACAUAUUCGCGGUGUAAAUCGGAAUUCGAAGAAAACGAAAGCAACUUUGAAAAUGUUGAUAAUAACAUCAAAUUAGCUAAUAAAGAGAACAAUAAUGUAAAACUGCUUCUAAGACUAGAACAUCUACAAGUAAAGCAAAUAUUAUCAUCUGGAGAAUGUAAAGAGAUUGACAAUGAAAUCACUAAAAAUGGGAAUGACAAUUCACAAUCUCAUACGCAACAAGAAGGACCAUUUGAUGUAGAUAAAUUUGGAACUGCAUUGAAGCUUAUUCUGACAAAGCAAAAUAAAAUUGUGCAACAGAACCAAAUUAUAAUGGCUAAAAUUACGAUUCUCGAGAAAAAGAUUUUUCAAGAUACAACUAAUUGUCAGUUGAGUGAUCAAACUAAAGACACAUUACGCAAAACAUUUGUUAUAAAAACCGUCAAUGAUUUAGAAGAGUUUGCCGCUAGUUUAAAGAAAAAAAAGUUUUUUGAUGAAGUU